CCGCCCGGAGCCGGAGCCGCCAUGGAGCCGGCGCACAAGGAGGCCGAGCGGGCGGCGGCGCCCCGGGCGGCGGCGGAGCCCCGGGCGGCGGGCAGCGGGGUGGUGGUGCAGGUCCGCGAGAAGAAGGGCCCCCUGCGCGCCGCCAUCCCCUGCAUGCCCUUCCCGCUGGCCGUGCUCUGCCUCUUCCUCAACACCUUCGUGCCGGGGCUCGGGACCUUCGUCUCGGCCUUCGCCGUGCUGUGCGGGGCCCGCACCGACCUCCCCGACAGGCACGUGUGCUGCGUCUUCUGGCUCAACAUCGCGGCCGCCCUCAUCCAGAUCCUCACGGCCAUCGUCAUGGUGGGCUGGAUCAUGAGCAUCUUCUGGGGCAUGGACAUGGUCAUCCUGGCCAUUUCCCAAGGCUACAAGGAGCAGGGCAUCCCACAGCAGCUGUGAGCCCGGAACCCCGAGAGCCGGGGGUGGCCCCGUGAGGGCCGCCCGCCCGCAGCACCGGGACCUCCCCGGCCGUCUCUGCCGCUCCCUGGUUCGGAGGAGAGGGAGGAUGUAAAGCUGUUGUUUAUUUUGGAAACGCACCUGCUCUGCUCCUCAGCUGGAACGUGC